AUGUUUAGUGGAGGAAGUAAACUCUUUCCUUCUACCAAAUCUAUCUUGGAUGAAAAAUUCACGGAUAUAGAAUUACAAGAUAUUACUGUCGAAGAUAUUAUCCAAAAACUGGAAAUUGCAAAUGAAG